GGAGUGCACGACGCAUGGUCGCACAAAUGGUCGCUGCAGCCAUUGCAGUCCAGCCGUCAGUGGGGACGCCCGCGCUCGAUCGGCCUUCCACGUCGCCGCCAAAAAGCGGGCUCGCGUUCUGGCACCACUUUUUCGCCUCCUCUCCCCCGCCUCCGCCGCCGAGCGCCGCGGCGUAUCCGAGCGCGCUCAGCUUUGACCGAUCGUUCCUCUUUGGCGUCGCGACUGCACCGGCGCACGUGGAGGACAACCUGCACGACGCGUGGCUACCGUUCUGCAACACCACCGAGCUCCACCCCAACGGCCGGCCGCACUGCCACGCCUGGCGCACGACCCCGCGCGCGGCUGAGCGGCUGCGCUUUUGGAGCGAGCCCGAAGCGGAGAUUGGGCUGGCGGCCGCGCUCAACUCGGGCGUCUUUCGGAUGGGCGUCGACUGGUCGCGGCUCGCGCCGACGUCCCCGAGCGCCUUCCCGAACGCGAGCGCGCCUGUCGCGCCCGCGUGCAGCGCGUUUUGCGAGGCCAGGGAGGAGGCCAAGGUCGCGGCGAGCCCCGGCGCGCCGCCCGAGGGGUGCGCGUGCUCGGGGGUGCAGGACUUCGUGGCGCUGGCGCGGUACCGCGAGAUCGUGGGGAUGGCCAAGGCCAAGGGGAUGAAGGUUGUGCUCACCCUCUUCCACCACUCGCUGCCCGUCUGGGUUGGCGAGGCGGGAGGCUGGACCAACGAGGCCGUGGUUCGCGAGUUCGGGAGCUUCGUGCGCGACGUGGCGGCGGGGCUCGGCGAGUCGGUCGACUACUGGCUGACGAUGAACGAGCCGAUGGCUUUCGCGCUCUUCACCUACAUCGAGGGCACCUGGCCGCAGGCCUUUCCGCAGUCAAACUACCUCGAGGUCGUGCUCAAGGCGCUGCAGGGGGACGAGCGAUCCGUCAAGGCGGCGGUCGACAACCUGGCGGGCGCGCACAACCUGGCCUACUCGCACAUCCACCAGGUGCACACGCUGCGCGGCUGGCGGGCGCCGCAGGUUGGCAUGGCCGCGCGCGCCCAGAUCCUCGAGGGCAAGGACCCGUGGGACGGGCCGGCGGUGAUGCUCUCGCGCGAGUUCAUGGACUUCACCAUCACCGACAAGAUCCAGGACAGGCUCGACUUCCUGGGGCUCAACUACUACGGCAAGGAGAUCAUCUCCGGCCAGACGAUCGCGCAGCCCACCGACGUCGGCUACUCGGAGGCGGGGCGCGCCAUCGACACGGAGGGCCUCUACUCUGUGCUGCAAAUGUUCCACGAGCGUUACGUCAACAAGCCGGGCGCGACGUGGAAGAGAUUCAUGGUGACGGAGAACGGCGUCGCGGACGCGACCGACGUGCUGCGCCCCGCCUUCAUCACCGAGCACCUCGCCGCCAUCGCCGCCGCCGUCUCCAAGGGCAUCGACGUCUUCGGUUACAUCCACUGGACCAUUUCUGACAACUGGGAGUGGGCCGACGGGUACUGCCCAAAGUUCGGGCUCUACUCGGUGGACCGCACGUCGCCGUCGCUCACGCGCACCGCGCGGCCGUCCGCCACGGUGUACGCCGACAUCUCAAAGUCGUACGCCGUCAGCCGCGAGCAGCGCGAGGCCGCGUGGAAAGUAGUCACGGCGCACCGCGGCCAGCUGCGCCCCUUUUGCCGCUCCGAGGACGGGAAGGAGGGGCUCGACGAGCCGCGCUACAACCGCUGGUUCUCGGACAACGCCGACUGGCGCUUCCACGAGGAGCGCCUCGCCGCACCGCACCACACGCCCGGAGGGAUCUUCCUCCAACGCGAGGCGGCGCCGGAGAGCCGCGCCGCCGCCGCAGCGCCCUCGCUGCCCGCGCUUGCAGUGGGCGCGGCGGCCCUCGCCGGCGCCGGCUUCGCGGUCGCCCGGGCGCUCGGCCGGAGGGGCGGCCGGCUUUCGUCGCCGCGGCGGCGGGGGGGCGCUGUGGCGCUCCACAUUUUGUGAUCCGAGACGGCAACAGAACGUCAGCGACCCCAGCAAGAUCCCCGCCCUCAAGCCCCGACCCUUCGACAUCGCGCUGACCACCAGACCGGGUGCCGGAAUUCAUUCGUGCGUGUCAGUCUCACGAUCUCUCGACCCCGCUAUUGUCCUGACGACGGUGUGUGUUGGUAAGAAUGUGUGCGAGUCCGAGUGUCGUGUGUGUGGACGAGACUCGAGAGCGGCUAAAGUAGGGGAAGAGAGAUGAGACGACACUCGCUUGCUUUUUAAUUUUUCGCGC